CUUACCCUGCUUUCCUAAGUAAAUAGCAGCAGCUAUGACAAGCCACCUGUCAGUUCUCCUGUUCUCUCUAAUUGCUGUUAUCCUACCCUUGAGAUAUGGCUGCAUGGACAUUAUCGGAGGACAUGCUGUGCGUCCUCAUUCGUGGCCUUACAUGGCUGCUAUCCAGAGAAAGGAUUUAACUGUGUGUGGAGGAGCUCUUGUGGAAAAGCAAUGGGUUUUGACAGCUGCGCACUGUGAAUUAAGCAAAUCAGAAGCUAGAGUUGUUCUUGGAGCCCAUCGGCCAUCCAUUGCUGAAAAAGAUCAGCAGAUAUUUGAGGUUAUGGACUACUUUCCUAAUCCUCAGUAUGAUGGGUCUUCCAAGGAAAAUGAUAUAAUGCUUCUCAAGCUGAAUGAUACUGCACAGCUGAAUAAAUAUGUGCAACUUUUGCCUCUGCCUGACUCUUGUGAAGACAUCAAACCUGGCACAAGGUGCAAGGUGGCCGGCUGGGGACGCACAUCUUCAGGAAAGCCAUCAAAAUAUCUUCAGGAAACAAGUAUUGCAAUUGUUGAUAGAAAAAGCUGUAAGCACAGCUAUAGAAAUAAUGUAAAAAUAACCAGCAACAUGUUGUGUGCUGCAGGGAAAAACAAAAUUUUCAAGAGAGAUGCUUGCCAGGGAGAUUCAGGUGGGCCGUUAAUCUGUGCCGGUCAAUACAGUGGGAUUGUUUCUUUUGGAGGACGAUGUGGAAGAAGAAACAUGCCUGGAGUUUAUACACGACUGACUGAAAAAUAUGUUGACUGGAUAACAAAAAUAGUUUCCCUUCACAGAGAUCCAUGAGGCAGGCAAGAUAGUUUUAAUAAAGUGCUCCACCUUUAAAAAAUAUCUCCCAGCUUUACAGCUUUGCACCGCCACAGUUUUAUGAGAACAGUUAAAAUGUUCCCCUUUGGACAGAUAACUUAUUUACUAAUCUUUCGUAGGAAACUGCCUCUUCAGUAAUAGAAUUUGUAUUGGACUUCACCCAACUUCUUAGUGUGAAGGGAAAGUACUGCUCACCUUAUUUGUUGUGCCUGGGAUGAGGCAAAAUUUUUGAAUCUGUACUUAGAGAAAAAUUAAAUUUCAGACUGAUAAUGAAUGAUAUGUCUGCUGAAUGAGAAGAAACAAAACAAAAGCCUUUAAAUGUUCAGAUAUUUUGCUAUGAUAUUACUCAAAACCAAGUACUUACAUUCUCCAUUACUAAAUAUUUACUUAACUAAAUUAAUUUUCAUAAAGUAUUAAAAAAUGAACAUUUUUCCAAUUAAUCUUCCAUUAUGAGUGGGAUAAAAAUAUUAUUUUCUAGAUUAUUUUCGCCAUAUUUUUUUAGUGUUAAAAUCAACAAAAUCCUCUCUUCUCACAGCUUAGUUCAUGAUCUCACCCUUUCAGUGAAUAGUCUGUUGAAAAAUGUAUAAAUACUGAUCGUAAUGGGAGUAAUUAUACUUCUGUCAGAUAUUGAUCUGUUUUUGCCAACAGUUUGGAAGGGAACAUCUGCAGCGCUUCUCUGCUUCUUUGGUUACUGCAUUACUAUGUACCAAAUACUGUAAACUUUGGGACAUCACACAGGCAUGGAUAAAUAACUCCAACACAUCAA